UUCCUUUUCCCUCCCAUCUCUCUGCCUGUCUGUCUCCCAUCACCUUCCCAACAGGACAAGGGCCAAGGAGGAAAAAGGCCACCGAACCAAGACAGGUCAGCAGAACUAGAGCGAGCGGGCGAGCGAGAGCGCGCAAAGCUUCAAAGAAGAAUAGGCAGAACACAGCCACCAUCACCCCGGCGCUUCGCCCCCCCCCCCGGCUAUGAAACUUCCCAGCACCCCCUCCUCGCCACGGCUUCGCCUCCUAAGAUGCGCUCUGGGCAUCCUCUUGACUGCUGAGGUCGGACUCUGCACGCUUCUCCCAGGUUCUGGGAUAUUUCUCAUCUAUAGUGGUGGGCUGCAGGGAUGCUUGGAGACAAAGGACUCUCUGGUGAAAAUUUCCAAGACUUGCAACACCAGCAGCCCAGCUCAGAAGUGGAAAUGGGUCUCUCGGAACCGGAUUUUCAAUAUUGGAGCCAUGCAGUGCUUGGGGGUCUCUUGGAAAUCUGCAAAUAUCAGCACAGCGAUCCAUGCAUUGGCCACCUAUGAAUGUGAUCGUGAGUCUGUCAAUAUGCGGUGGAACUGCCGGAGCCUUGGAGACCAGCUUUCCCAGUAUUUGAACUCCAGGCUAGGGAACUGGUCACUGACACCAGCAGAGAGAGGUGACCAGGCCCGUGGAGGCCAGUGGAAGGUCUAUGGCCAAGAUGAAGAUUUAUGCUCCAAGCCAUACUCUGAAAUUUACACCAUCCAAGGCAACUCUCAUGGGAAGCCCUGCACCAUCCCCUUCAAGUAUGAUAACCAGUGGUUCUAUGAUUGUACCAGCAUGGGUCGCGAAGAUGGUCACCUCUGGUGUGCCACUACACAAGAUUAUGGCAAAGACGAGAGAUGGGGGUUCUGCCCCAUUAAGAGCAAUGACUGUGAUACAUUCUGGGACAGGGACCACCUCACCAAUAGCUGCUACCAGUUCAACUUCCAGUCCACCCUCUCUUGGCAGGAGGCUGGGAAGAGCUGCGAGCAGCAAGGGGCUGGCUUGCUUAGCAUCACUGAAAUCCAUGAACAGACCUACAUCAAUGGCCUGCUAACAGGAUACAGUUCCACACUCUGGAUUGGGCUUAAUGAUUUGGACCUCAAUGGGGGCUGGCAGUGGUCCGACAACUCACCCUUGAAGUACCUUAACUGGGAGAGUGAUCAGCCUGACAACCCCAGUGAAGAAAAUUGUGGCGUAAUUCGGACAGAGUCAUCAGGAGGAUGGCAGAAUCGGGACUGCAGCAUCGCUUUACCCUAUAUUUGCAAGAAGAAACCCAAUGCCACCUCUAAUACAGUUUUGAUAGACUCUUGGUCUGAGGUGAAAGUUGACUGUGAUCCCAGCUGGCAGCCAUUCCAGUCCAGCUGCUACCGCUUGAUCAGUGAAAAGAAGAGUUGGUCAGAUGCCAAAAAGACCUGCUCGAGAAAUGAUGGGGACCUGGUGAGCAUCCACACCCUUUCCGAACUGGAGUUUGUUACCAAGCAGAUCAAGCAAGAUGUUGAAGAACUCUGGAUUGGCCUGAAUGAUAUCAGAUUGCAGAUGAACUUUGAGUGGUCCGAUGGCACACCAGUACAGUUCACGUUCUGGCACCCUUUUGAGCCCAACAAUUUCCGAGACAGCCUGGAGGACUGUGUGACUAUUUGGGGACCGGAAGGACGAUGGAAUGACAGCCCUUGCAACCAGACAUUGCCUUCCAUCUGUAAGAAGUGGGGUCGCAUAAGUCAAGGGAGAGAAGAGGAUGACCAUGGCUGCAGGAAGGGUUGGAAAUGGCACUCUCCAUCUUGUUAUUGGCUGGGAGACGAUCAUGUGAUAUACAGCGAAGCUCGGAAGAUAUGCAUGGACUUUGGUGCUACCCUGGUCACUAUCACCAACAGGUUUGAACAGGCCUAUGUGAGCAGCCUCACUCACCGCUGGGAAGAGGAAUAUUUCUGGACAGCCCUACAGGACAUAAAUGAAACAGGCUCCUUCCAUUGGCUGAGCGGGGAUGAAGUCAUGUAUACCCACUGGAACCGCAACCAGCCUGGUUACGAUAAGGGCGGCUGUGUUGCCUUGGCCACAGGGAGUGCCAUGGGCCUAUGGGAGGUGAAGAGCUGCAGCACUUUCAAGGCCAAAUACAUCUGCAGGCAGAACUUGGGAACCCCAGUGAACCCUGAGAUUCCUGCACCCUACCCCACACCCAGCCUCACUGGCUCCUGUUCACCAGGGUGGAGCACCAGCCCCAAACUGAGGCAUUGUUACAAGGUGUUCAACUAUGACAAGCUUCAGGAAAAGAAAAGCUGGAUCAUGGCCCAGUUGUUCUGCCAGGAGCUGGGAGCGCAGCUUUUGAGCCUGGGCAGUUAUGAGGAGGAACAUUUUGUGGCCAAUAUGCUCAACAAGAUUUUUGGGGAAUCAGAACCUGAAAUUCAUGAGCAGCACUGGUUCUGGAUUGGUUUGAAUCGCCGGGAUCCUGGGAUUGAGCGAAGCUGGCGAUGGAGUGAUGGCCUUGGGUUUCUCUACCACAACUUUGACCGCAGUAAUCAUGACGAUGAUGACAUCCGUAACUGUGCAGCACUGGACCUGGCGUCCUUGCAAUGGAUGCCUCUUCAGUGUGAGGCUCAGCUGGACUGGAUCUGCAAACUGCCCAGAGGCACUGAUGUGAAAGAGCCAGAGACAACCAUCCAAGGGAGUAAUGAGUGGGUGAAGUAUCAGGAAGCUGAAUACAAGUUCUUUGAUCACCAUUCGACUUGGGUGCAAGCUCAACGGAUUUGCACCUGGUUCCAGGCUGAGCUGGUGUCAGUUCAUAGCCAAACUGAGCUGGACUUUCUGGGCCAAAACUUAAAGAAGUUCUCCAGAGGACAGGAACAACACUGGUGGAUUGGCCUAAACACCUAUGAGAAUGAUGGACGAUUUCGGUGGUCUGACAAUUCCCUCCUGAACUUCAUCUCAUGGGCACCAGGCAAGCCACGGCCCAUCAGCAAGGACAGGAAAUGUGUGUACAUGACAGCUAGCAGAGAAGACUGGGGUGACCAGAAGUGUCUCACUGCUCUGCCUUACAUCUGCAAGCGUAGCAACACCACCACAAUGCGACCUUCCUUUGCACCACUGCCCAGGCCAACUCCUGGCGGUUGCAUCCAGGGCUGGCAUGCCCUCAGUAAUAAGUGCUUUAGGAUUUUCAGCAAAGAGCAAGUGACAUGGCAGGAGGCAAAGCGCACCUGUGAAACACAGGGGGGCAUGUUGGCUACCAUCUCCAACCAUCUUGAGCAAGCGUUUAUAACCACUCUUCUCCCAAACAUAACCUUUGAUCUGUGGAUCGGCCUCCAUGAUGCCAAGAAGGAGUUCCAAUGGGUGGAGUCUGAACCGGUCCAGUAUAUGAACUGGGCCCCUGGUGAGCCAUCAGGAUACGGGACCUCUACAGCAAAUGAGAACCCAACAAACUGUGCUGUGGUUUGGCAUGGCCUCCCGCCCCAGUUUACUGGUCGCUGGGAUGACAGGAACUGCCUGGAGGAGAAACAUGCCUUCAUCUGCCAGAAGAGCAAAGACCCCACCCUGAGCCCUUCCCCAGAAACCUUCCCCCUUGUUCCCAACUCCACCCUUUCAUACCUCAACAGUACUUACCGCAUCCUGCAGAAGCCACUCAAGUGGCAGGAGGCCGUGCUGCUGUGCGAGAGUCUCAACGCAAGCCUGGCAAGCGUGAUGGAGCCGUACACUCAGGCCUACCUCAGCCAAGCAGUCAGCACCAUGCAUGCCCCACUCUGGAUCGGCUUGGCCAACGAGGAGGGGAGGCGGAGUUACAUGUGGUUCCCGGAUGAGACCCUUUACUUCACUAACUGGCAGGAUGGGGAGCCAAAGCAAAUUGUGGGGUGCACCUACAUGGAUGUAGAUGGAACAUGGAGGACCACCAGCUGUGACACCAAGUUGCAAGGGGCCAUCUGCAAGACGAACACAGGCCCCCCUUCUUCACACAAAUGGAGCUAUAAUGGGAGCUGUCCUAAAUCUGUAGAAGAUUCCUCCUGGAUCCCCUUCCGGAAUCACUGCUAUGCUUUCCACAUGGAGAUCAUGCUAGGCCAGAAGGAAGCUAUGAAGAGGUGUCAGAAAGUUGGAGGUACAGUGCUGUCCAUCCUGGAUGAGAUGGAGAAUGUCUUCAUUUGGGAGCAUCUGCAAACCUACGAGAGCCAAUCCAAAGGUGCUUGGCUGGGGAUGGCCUUUAACCCCAAAGGAGGUACACUUGUCUGGCAUGACAACAUGGCUGUGAACUAUUCUAAUUGGGGGCAGCAUGACACAGGACCAAGCAUGCUCAGCCAAAACAGCUGCUACUGGAUCCAAAGCAGCAAUGGGGUGUGGCGCCUGGGCUCCUGCUCCAGUGUUACCAUGGGAGUCAUCUGUAAGACGGCCCGAGUGGAAGGAAGCAGCUCCUCUAAAUCAGCUUUCCUAGAGAACACAAAGGCCAUUGUCGUGGUCAUCCUCUCGUCCUUGGCACUGUGUGCAUUGAUAGCUGUUGCCAUCUAUCUGUACAAACGCCGCUGGAUCUCAGAGCGGGGGGCAUUUGAGAGUGCCCGCUACAGCCGCACCAACUCCAACCCCAGUGAAUCCGCUGAGAAGAACAUCCUGGUGUCUGACAUGGAGAUGAAUGAACAAGACUAAUGUUCUGCCGGACAACGUGGAAGUUUGGACACCAGAUGCUUGGAGCCAGUGAGAGAGCGUCAGCCCAAGGUGGUGGCCUUUUGUGAUAGAAAUGUGGAACGAAGAGAACCUCGUUUGAAAUGGGGACCCUGCAAGAGACAUUCAUUUUUGUCCUAACUCAAGAACUUUGGGUGGUGGCUGUGUAAAGACAAUGGGAGGGAUAGCUAUUUUUUGCUACUCAAAUAAUUAUGGGAAUUAUUGUGGGAGUAUAUGAGGGGAAAAAAAUCUGGUGAUUUUCACUUAAGCUGGAUAUUAAGUGUUCGAAAAAAUGUUUAUCUUUGUCAUUUUAAUCCUUUGGUACUGGAGGAUAACAUAACAAUGCAUAAUAUGUCUCUGAGACUCCUUAGUCUAAAGAUUUCUAGUUUCUUUGUUCUCCCUUGAUGUCUGCCACUUAUUUCCUGGACAUCUUUUUGAUUCAAACCAAAAUGUUCAUACAUUGAUAUAUGGUCGGCUUGAACAAGUUCUUUUUGCUAAGGGGAUCAUUUCCAGGGCUUAAUUGGAAUUUGGACUUGGGCUCUUUUCAUACUAGGGCUCUGCAGUGAAGUAACAAUAUAUCUUGGAGCGUGUAUAGUGUGCCUUCACCUUGUUGGUGAGUAGCCACAAGCAGCCCUCACAAAUCUAGGUCAUAAGCUCCUGAGCCAGAGGGCAUGAUCUGUAGGAUUUGAGCCUCUCGUUUUACAAAUGAAGCACUGAGCCUUUUGCAACAAUUCAUAAGCGAGAAUUCUCAUGCAAACAUAUGGAAAUGGUGCAGGCAUGCAAAUCAACCACCAAAAUUCAUUGGAAUUAGUAUUCUCUGAAAUCAUGGAUUUCUUCCCAAGAAUGUUUGUGUGCAGUCCAUUGAAAUUUUGGCAGGGGAAUUGUGUCAUGAACAUGACAGGAAAAGAGACAGGACAAUGCAUAUUCAAGAAUUAAGUGCAAUAGCAGAACUGAAAGGAGGGGAGGUUGCCACAGUUGCAACUGCUUCAUCCCUCAAAAGCCAUACAUGCUGCUGCUGUUGCUUCCUCAACCCCUCCCUCAACAGUAAUGAUACCAUAGUCACUUCUCAACAAUCAUUUUACAAUUUUAUUUCUCUUGUAUGCUUAUCUUUUGCUUUCAAGGUGAAUCAAGCAGAACUGGACAGUUAUCAACAAACCCGACAGAAGGAGAGGUGGAGAACACCCCCAAAUCAUGAAAUUGUUUGGAAUUACUGGAAAAAAAUGUUUCAGAUUAUUUUCUAUCACUAUUUUGAAUAAUGUGAAAAAGUGCUGAAAAGGACACUGGCAACUUUUAAAAUAUAUUACUUUUGCUUUCUUCAUAAGCCUUCUAGAAGCUUGAAAUAAACGUUCAUUCCCCAUCA